AUUUCUCAUAAAAAUCCUCCCGGGAUGCUGGAUGAGCUUCAUCCUCUUUCUGACCACAUCGCACUCUAAACGUCACCCAACUCCACCUAAGCACGAUAUUCAUCUCGUUCAGCGCAAACAACGCUGCUAGCUCCCCACUCACUAUUUGAACAUUAUUUAAGCUCAAAUAAGCCUUGGGUGAUGCUGUCAAGCCACAUUCAAGCCUAAUCGCUGUUGGCACUUCCAAACCAGCAUAUAGCGAACCCCAAUGGGACUGUUCGCUUCGGAUAACUACUGGCAUACUGAUUGGGAUCAAUAUCUUCAUUCCGAGACGUUUCUUGAAGACGUCCCCCCUUUGGUAGGUUAACGGAUAUUUCACUACUUCCUUUUCGAAACGCCCUUUGCCUUAAGUUCAGGUGGUGUGCAUCAUGGAGGCCAUUGGUAUUGCUGCUUCUGUCCUGAGCCUUAUCAGCUCCUCAACUGAACUUGUGAGAGCGGUUCAGUAUCUUCAUUGUCGAAUGGACAAUGAGCACGAGAAUUAUCUUCGCUCUUUGGGAAAGCUUGAAGAUGUCAUCGACAGGAUUCGUACAAAGCUCCUCAAGGUCAAUGGAAUCAUUCCUAAGGACCUGGGAGAGACCAUCGAUCUCGCCACAAAGAGAGCUAUUGAAGACGCCGGUAGUACUAGGCAGUUGCUUGGCAGGGUUUUGCACGAUACUGGCACAACUUCGUCUAGAGCGGCAACUUGGGGAACUCGUCGGCCAAGUUAUACUAGCAAGACAACUUCUGCGCGAUCGAGAGAGCUCGUACAAGUGUCGCAGGAAACUGCAACUUUCGUUGGUCAUUUAGACACUUUUGAGGGAGCUGAUCACUACGCGCUUGAUCCGCCAUUCUACGAUUUCGGAAACUCUUCCAGGUCCAUCUUCGACGACGUUGAAGCUAUAAAGCCCGGAGGGACGUCGCAGGUGUUUCGAGUUGGAAUCCACCUGAGCCACAUUCCCGACUAUGGGGGAGAAAGCAGAAAAGAAGUCGCAUUCGCUGUGAAGAAGAUCUACAGUGAAAGUUCUCAGGACUACGCUCGCGAGCGAGACGCUUAUCGAAGAAUGAGUCUUGCCCAAAACCCCCAUCCCCACAUUGUCCCCCUUUUCGCGACCUACAGAAUGGAGGGCAAAUAUCAUUUUGUCUUUCCUUCUGCGAAUUGCGAUCUCGCCACGUAUUGGAGAACACAGCCUAGACCAAGCAAUGACAAGCGCAGUCUUGGAUGGUUCGGUUGGCAGAUGAGAGGGCUUGCAGAUGCUGUAUCUACUAUCCAUGGACAGAAAGGCCAAGCUAGAGACGUUCAUGGGGUCCAUGGUGAUAUCAAGCCAGAGAAUAUCCUCUGCUUUGGCUCCAAUGAUAAUGAUAGAUGGCCAGGAUUCGCUCUUUCGGACUUCGGAUCUUCAUACUUUUGCACUCCCGAAGAGAGAGAUAUCCCCAAGGGCCUCAAACACACGCCAGCCUAUCGCGCCCCGGAGAUCGAUACCACGAAUGUGGGCAUUACACAGGCCUACGAUAUCUGGAGUCUUGGCUGUGUCUUUGCAGAAGCCAUCGCUUGGUUCUACGAUGGCAAAGCCGGUAUCGCGAAGCUGAUCGACGCUCGACUCGAUGAAGAAAGCAACAGUCCUAAUCGAGAUGCUUUCUUUUAUGUGAAGUACGAUUUCAACAGGAGAGGUGGGCUUUCGGCGAAACUCAAGCCUGAGAUCCAAAGACUGAUCACAUCCCUUCGUAGGAGCUCUCGAUCGUCCCUCUUCAUGGAUGACAUGCUCUAUAUCGUCCUGGAAGGGAUGCUCAAAGUCAACAUCAGUGAGAGAAUGUCAGCUCGGGAGAUCCUCGACGCCCUGACCCAAAUGUGCAUCAAGUUGGAAAACGACCCAGCUUAUUCUGAAUCUCGCGGCAACAGUGAUGAAGAAAUGGUCCACACUCAGCAUGCCAAUCGACGACGACUCGAUAACACGGUCGAUGCGAAUUAUUUUACCUACACAACAACCCAGAGUCUCAGUGACGCCCAAAUCAGUCUGAAACCUCGCUUUGCAUGCCCCUUUAACAAGGCAGGUAUACUGGUCUCCGUUCACCAUCGAGCUUGUGAAGGUCCAGGGUGGAUUGAUGUCAACAAAGUCAAGGAACAUCUCUUCCGCUGCCACCUUCCAAAGAAGUACAGAGGCAAACAUAUUUGCCGCCGGUGCGACACCAGCUUCGAAACAGACGAGCUCCUCCUGGCUCAUCAACAUCAAGAGACACCAUGCCUUAAAAGGAAACCAGAGGCAAUUUACGGCAUGUUGAGUAGAGAGCAAGCUGCUCGACUCCGUUCCCUCAAGAGGAAGUCAUCGAAAGAAAGUGAAGAGGACCGAUGGUUCGAUAUCUACCGGAUCGCAUUUCCGAGCUUCAAUCGGAUGCUGGAGAAUGUCUCACCAUAUCACGAAUCCAACACCACCUCCCUCAGUACCUUAAACUCAACAAGCUCGAACGGAAUAUCUCAGUACAAAGACUAUCUCCGCAACCGUGGUGCCGAAGAGUAUGCCGCCAAAUUAGCGAAAAUGGGCAUCAGCGUCACACUCGAGGCAGCUGCAAAGCUUCUCGAGCUGCAGGUCAAGGACCUUGAGACCUUUGAUGAGACCAUGCGAGAGCCUGUUCAUGCCUACGGAAUUCCAACUGAUGCAGAUCACGAGAAGACCGGAAACAGUGCCCCCUCAGAUCUCGGUGGCUCAUCUGAUCUUUUCGGCCCAAUUCAGCUGCUGGCCAGAUAUGCAGAUGAUGAGGAACAUUGAAAGGGUCGGAUGAUCUCCAGGACUAUGGUUGGGGAUCUCGGCUUCCUUGAUGGUAUGUGGGAAGGUUAUGAGGUGUUUGAUCGUGUUAUAAGUGGCUUUGAGAUUUAUACUGGCUUCAGUCUGUCAUUAAAUGGCCAGAUUCCACUCUUUUAGAUAGCAAUUUGAAGUUUGAUUUGACUAAAAUCUGAG